UGCCUUCUCAACUUUAGUGCCGUUGCUCCACGCCUCGGGUUCGACUCUGCGGCCGAAACUUCGCGUGUCCACCGGCUGGAGGGUUUGGGUCCGAUCUGACUCCUCUCGUUGUUGUGUGAAAAGAAGUGGAAAAAAAAAAGUUGUCCAAAGUGUCUCAAUUGGACAAAGGAAGAUGGCAGACAACGAAGUGUCGUCCAGCACGUCUCUCUUCAGCGAGGGGGUCCACCAUUACCAGGCCGAGCUGCUGCCGCCGGACCAGCCCAAGCAGGACUUGUUCAGCAUGGAUGACAUCGUGGACCUGGUCGGCGGGGGCCAGGACGCCCUGGAGCGGCACAUGGCUGAAGACACCGACCAGCACGACCCAGAACCACCGCAAGAAGAGCAGGACCAGCCGAGCCCGGACUCCAGCAGCAGCAGCCGCUCCGGUUCCCAGCACAGUCUCGUAGAGCCGGACAGGGCGGAGGACGAUCCACAGGUUGGCCCGGUGAGCGACGCCCUCCCCGCGGUUCAAGCCCAGCAAGCAGCGCCAUCCCCCGCAGAGGAAGCUCAGCUACCUGCGGACACACAAGCAUCACCGGCUCCGGCAUCUUAUGUUCCUCCUCCUUCUCCUUCUAAAGCUCAGCUUCAGCCUCUGAUGCAAUUCCCUACAGAACUUGGGCAGAAGGGUGAUGCCCCUGCUCCCAUCUCUCCUCUCUCCCCUCUUCACUCUCCUGAUUCCCUGGAAGAGCUCUCUUUGAGCGAAAGCCCCAACCAGCCCUCUCUCCUAGGACCUACUGGACCCUUGGGCCCCUUCUCCAUGGAGGCCCCAACUGGUCGAUCCAAGGAAAUGUCCUGGGGUGAAGAAGAAAAGGACUCCGGUCAUAGUCAAAAUAAGGAUGAUCAGUUAGCUGCUCCUUACCUGAGUUUAGGUAAAGACCCAGGGCCUCACAAUCUUUGUGAAGAUAGUGGAGUUUCAUUCUCACCUGAUGAGAAACUAAUUAGUUCGGAUCGGUCUCUCACAGACCCCUCCCCCUUGACAGCCUCAGUGGUUGUCGAGUCUCACAUUGCCUCCUUUGACCCAACAGAGCACUGGGAUUCGCCAUUCCUAGCAUCGCAAGACAACUCCAAGGUCUCCAUGGAUACCUUCUCCAAGAAUGCAGACACCUUUGGCUCUGCCAGGUAUGAGCCAGAUCUGCAUGGCAACCAGUCCGAUGAUGAUGAUGACGACGACUUGAUGUACGAGGUGAAGAAGAAGAAUAACCCGUUCGAGGGCUUUUCCCCACUGGCAGACAGUGGCUCCUAUAAGUUAGAGGAAUCCAAGUCUGACCAGAGAGCCACAACAGUGUCAGAAUGUCCCACUCCAGAUAUUGUCCAGUACAGGCAAGCUGAAGAGCUCCAGGAUAACCUACCAUCGUUCUUAGAUGAGAGCAAAAUAUUUGAGGGAGGGAUGAAGCUCACUGACUCCCUCAUGCAGCCAAUCAGUCAGUUCUCGUCUGGUGUGCUAGAGGAAGAUGAGGACGAAGAGGAGGAGUCUGGUCUUCCGCCCUCACUUCCAGACAUCCUAAAAUCUUCUCCGCUCAACCCUGACAAAAUGGACUCUGGUUCUUCUGAGGAAAGUCCAGAGGAGCAAAGCCCCAUUCUUGAACGUAGGAUGAUGGAGUCACCCAAUCCCCCAAUCAAUCUGUCAGCCAACAACCCCUUUGCUCUCGAUGCUAAAGUGUCUCUGCUAAAGGAGAUGGCUGAUGAGAUGGAGGUUAAAGUGUCUGAUAAACCAAAAGAUGAAGAUGUCAAAAGUUUUGGUGCAUUUGAUCUUGUCAAAGAGGCUGGGGAAACCUCGCCGUCACACGUCAAAGAAGAGCAACCUGUCAAAAAUGAACAGAAAGAUUGGUUCUCAAGUCACGUUUCUCCCAAAGUGAACGAGAAGUUUGAGCCUCUCAACUUUGAAAGCAAGAAAGCCCCUGCUGAAGAUUCAGAUUCAGAGUCGCCAACUGCAGACUCUCUGUCUCCUGUCCUGGAAGCGAUGGCCAAGAACCCUGCCAGCUUCCAGGUGGAGAAGAGUAACUUUAAAAUGGAGCUCGAGGACCCCGAGUUGGCUGAAGAGGUCUCUGAGCAUGAAGUUUCAUCUGAGGAAUUUGAGUUUAUCGAGAGACCACCCAAGGGAGUAAUCGAUGAGUUCCUUGAGGCAUUAGACACUUCCAAGUUUGCAUCCUCCAAGGCCCCCGAGAUCCCCAUGGACGAGGACCUGAGCUUUAAGCACAAGGAAGUGUCUUCAGUUACUGAGUCUGCUCCAACAAAGAUAAUCCAGCCUGCUGGGAAGGCCGAAGAGGACGAUAGUCAGAGCUCGUACCGCCUUCUUAACCAGUCCCCCCAGAAGAGCAAAGCCGAGCUGGAGAAAGUCACUCAUCAGGAACCAUCAUCCCAAACUCCACUGGUCUAUUCCACUUUCUCGAAGCCAGAAGAGGUCGCUAAGAAGAGUGCGGAAGGUGGAAAACUGUUCAAGAUGCCAAACUUGAACCUCACAGCAGUGGUGGACCUCCUCUACUGGCGCGACGUGAAGACCACCGGCGUGGUGUUUGGCGCCGCCCUGCUGCUGCUGCUGUCGCUGACGGUUUGCAGCAUCGUGAGCGUGUGCUCCUACAUCGGCCUGGCGCUGCUCUCCGUCACCAUCUGCUUCAGGAUAUACAAGGGCAUCCUGCAGGCCAUUCAGAAGUCUGACGAGGGACACCCAUUCAAGCAGUACCUGGGCCAGGAGGUGGCGCUGUCCCAGGAUGUGGUCCACAAGUACAGCGACCUGGUUCUGGAGAGGCUCAACAAGAGCAUCUGCGAUCUGAGGCGUCUCUUCCUGGUGGACGACCUGGUGGACUCCAUCAAGUUUGCAGUGUUCAUGUGGAUCCUGACCUACGUGGGCGCCUUCUUCAACGGACUCACGCUGGUCAUCCUGGGUGUGGUCGCCGCCUUCAGCUGUCCCAUCAUCUACGAGAAGCACCAGGCUCAGAUCGACCACUACGUGGCGCUGGUCAACAAGCAGAUGAAAGACGUGGUGGAAAAGAUCCAGGCCAAAGUCCCUGGAAUGAAGCGCAAAGCCGAGUGAAGAGGCGGAGCCAAGGUUGGGGGAGGGGCCGCCCUCAAACAUUUCUUUGUCAAAUAAUAAAAAAAAACACCUUUUUUUUCCCUUUUCAGAAAUGUUGUUUUCUGAUGCGAUAAACACACGCCACCCCCACCCCGCUGCAUUGUGGGAAGUCACGUGUUCUUUCCCGCUUUUUUUUUUUAAACAGCUGCCAAGUCACUUUUUUAUUUAGUCGAUACAAACGGAAGACGCCAUCCUGCUUUUUCCUGAGGGAGCUCUGUGGCUGGUGGGCGGGGCAGGGGGCGGGGCUUGUGGCCGGUUGUACAUUUUUUAGCGCUUCUGAGCAACUCGCUAGAAUCACCUAGGAAACUUUAGCCGGACAGAAUACACGUCGUCGUCGUGGUGGUGACAUGGCCGCUGUGUAGUGACGGAACCUUGUCGCCUUUACCUUCAUCCUCGUUAAAGUGAGCAAAAUAAUAUUUGGAGGAGGAAGAAAGCAACGUUUUGUCUCUUUCUCAACUUCCAACAUUUGUCCCGAUGCAAGUUGACUUUUGUGCUGACUUCAUUCUUCAAUUGUGAUGAUAAAGCUCCGUGUUUGUGGAAUGCAUUGUGACGUGUAAACACUUCAAUAAAGCUUCUAGAACAACUAA